AUCGGCGGUCAAAAUUUCUGGGUCACUUUUGACACCGGAUCGUCUGAUCUCUGGGUCGUAUCAUCGAACUGUACGGAUACAGACUGUCACGCCGUCCCAAACUAUUCACAGCUGAGUUCGCCGUCGCUCUCACUCUCCACUACUCCAUUUCACAUCCGUUAUUUGAUGGGCACUGUAUUUGGAACCGUAGGCUAUGAUGAUGUCUCGUUGGGACCAUACCAGAUAGCGUCGCAAACAUUUGCAAUGGCUAAUGAGACCGGCGGACUCGACCUCGCCGCUACUGGUAAUUCUGGCCUGCUUGGGCUCGCUUUCCCGCUGGCGGCGACUAUUCCACAAACGGUCGGGAAGACAAUUCUUGACACCAUAUUUGCCCAUCUCGAUGACCCCUAUCGAUUCUUCGCAUUUAGGCUAAGCCGUAAUGAAACCCAAGACUUGGGCCUUUCUGAUUCUUCUUUUACUCUUGGACAGCUGGACUCCGACAUUGUAAAGGAUAUCAAUCAGCUGACAUUUACACCCGUUUUUAGCGUAGGCUGGGGCUCCUACGAUUUCUGGAAACUACCUCUCCAAAGUAUAACCAUCGAUAACCUCUCUUUGUCGUUGUCACGUUCGCUUAUUCCUGGGGCCUCCACACCGAUAGCUGUGCUCGAUAGUGGGACCACGUUGAUCUUGGGGCCUACCGUGGACGUAAAUGCCUUCUGGGCGGCAGUGGGAACAGGUGGAGCUGCGCGAUACAAUAAACAAACCCAACUUUGGGAAGUACGGUGCGGCAGAGCCGUAGAUGUGCGGUUUACACUAGGUAAUACUGACACCUCCAAGGAAUAUUCAGUCCAUCCUGAGGAUAUAAACUGGGCUGAGGGAGGAACCACGAAUGGGUGGUGUACGGGAGGCGUGCAAGCCAAUGACAAAGUAAAUUCUGGUGACUGGCUCCUUGGCGAUGUAUUUUUGCGGAACGUGUACGUUGUACAUCAGGGCGCAACGUCUUCACAGCCCCCGAUGAUUGGCUUGCUCAACUUGACCGAUCCAUUGCUUUCUGCGACACAGUUUCAACAGGCUCGAGGGCCUGAUACGGCACCGCUCCCAGUCGUCCUCUCAAAGGUUUCCUCGAGCUCUUCUAUAGAUGUGGACCUCACAUGUUCGCUAUCUGCACUUGGUGGUGUCUUAUGUGGUGCUAUUGUGACAGCUGUAGUA